AUCUUCCGACGAUCUCUUGACGGUCGUUGGCAUCAGCGUCGUUCCCAUGCCUUAGUUAUCAGAUGCAGUUGUCGUCACCACUGCCUUGAAUGGGUUGUAACCUGUGUACGACUCAUCAGGCACAAUCGGGCCAGGCAUAAACGUGGGCCGUGCACCCAAGUCAACAGGUGCAGCUGUCGCGGCCGUAACAAGCGCGAGUGCGAGAGCGACGAAUUUGAGUGA